UGUACAAGUCCGUUACUAUGGAAAUGGUACUACAUAUGACGUGGCAGUUUCUCAGACUCUAAAUAUCUAUUUCUCUUUUCGGGUGCCUACGUCUUACUGACUGUUGAUUUAGCACCUCUAAAGGAAAGGCAAAGAAUAACACGUCUAUAGGAACGACUCUGGAGAGGAACAUGUCUUUUUCAAACAGAAGCGUUUCCCCUGGGCAACGAUCGAACUCACCUGUGGCGUCUAAUUGUGAAAUAGAGCUUCAGGAAAACCGUCCUACCGAAGUAGAAGAAAAGCUCUUCCUUACCACAAAGAAAACUAAAGCGACCAUUGACGGUCAAGAGCAACUGAAAGGUAUUUCAAUCAGGAAUAUGAGCAAUGGUAAUGGUUUGCUGCAAACUGAUGACGAGAAGAGCGGUACCAGCCGAGGUCAGAGAUUGUAUCGUGUGGCUCUGCUGGCUAUGUGUUUCCUCUCAGCAGUUUCUCUUGGGCUCACCUUGCUGAUGUUGUUUGGUGUGCUCCACGUUGGUUCACCCCAAUGUACCUGCUCUGGAGAAACAGAAAUAUUAGAACUUAAGAAGAAUCUAGAAGACUUGAAAAGGAACCUCUCGGCUCUGAGAGAAUCUUUGGUAGGUAAAAAAUUCUGCGUUAUAUUAGGGAAAAAAAUUCAACGAUGUAAAUCUCAUCACGAGAUACUUCCACUUCUGCUGGAAACUAAAACAAAACCUCGAGUUAUUAAAAAGGAGUUGUUGAAUGUCGAAGACAAAUUUUCCAAAGGUUUAGAGAAUCUGAAGAAAAUCAUCACAAAGGUGGAAAAGAAACUGGAAAAUGCGACAGUUUUAAAGAAAAUUCUGGAGAAGGAAGUUGCCGAGAUUAAAAUGGAGUUGUUGAAUGUUGAAAACAAAGUUUCAAAAGGUUUAGAGAAUCUGGAGAAAAACGUUACAAAGGUGGAAAAGAAGCUGGAAAAUGUGACAAUCACAUGGCCACUGAGAUUCAACAAUUCUAAGAGUGAUAUUAGACUUGCCGGACCAGCCGGACCUGCCGGACUUCCAGGAUAUAAUGGUACUCAGGGCCUUGCAGGACCGCCUGGAUUACCUGGUCUACAGGGCCUUCGUGGACCAACUGGGUACAAUGGCACCCGCGGCCCACCUGGACCUGGGGCCAGUUCCUGUAUUUACAAUACUAACUCCAGCGCUGGAACGCCAGUAGGCGUGGCCGCUAGGCAAGAAGUGCAGGUGAUAGAGUUAAACAACACGACAUUUAUUGGUGUAAACUGUGGUACAAAUGACGCAAAAGUUGCUAUUUUAUCAAGCACCAUCUCAGGUGGAAAGAGAACCUACAAGUGUUCUUGCAAAUUUGGCCUAGCAACUGGAGAAUCAACUAUGUUUUGCUAUAUCCACUACUGGGAGUGUCAGUCCUAAAUAGAAAAACGUUUAGUCGUUUGUUUAACAGGGCCAUUUGUAAAGACAAUAAUAGAGUGUUUUACCAGAAACGAGAUGAAGAACAAUUUAGGUAGUUUAACAUGAGUGCUGUAAUAUUAAAAACUACCCUGACUACG